UGCCCUCUUAACUUAACAACUAAUUUCAUAUUGAUAUUUGCCUAGUUUCACAGACAAGGCUUAAGCCUAGUCCCAGACUAAAGUGCAUGUUUGAGCUGUCUUAACUGAAAGCAACUUGCACUGACAUAUCUUAAAAUAUGUCAGUGGCUUUGGUUUGUCUCAAGAAUGUUUUUUUAUAAGGCACGUUUAUAAAAGAUACUUAAAUGUACUAAAUUAACUAAGGCCUACUCCAGACUUAAUCUUAGCCCUGUCUGUGAAACCAGGCCAUAGUGUAACAUUUUUGUGACCCACUGGUAUAGAUGACCAAAGAAUUUUCAGAAAGAAUUACGAUGAAUUCACGAUAACUGUCAAAAAGUGGGCCAGUGAAUCUUAGUCUAGAUGGACGACAUAUUUAAUUUUAUGUUGUAAUACUUUCUGCUAUCCAAGUUGAAUGUGCAACCUGUUUGAAAACAGUCAUUUUUUGAUAGUGUCACAGAAAUUACACACUUUAUGUUUGAGGUGAUGUCUAAUUUAUUUUUACAAUGUAAAUUGGGUUAUUUUUUCAAGCCGUGUUUUUUGUAUGUUUUUUUGCUAUGUUUAAUCUGUUUUCAAAGAUUUUUUUAAGAUUUUUCUUAAGUCUGUUAGCUGCUGUCUCUGUCUCAUACAUCGUUUAGAAGUUUGGGGUCGGUAAGAUUUUGUAUAGUUUUAAAAAUAAGUCUCUAAUGUUCACCAAGGCUGUAUUUUAUUCAAAACUACAAUCAAAUCAGUAAUAUUGUGAAAUAUUAUUACAGUUAUUAUAAAAACAUUUUUUAUAUGUAUUUUAAUUUAAUCCUGUGAUGGCAAAACUGAAUUUUCAGUGUCACAUGAUUCUUCAGAAAUUAUUGUAAUAUGCUGAUUUGCUGCCUAAGAAAUAGUCAUGAUUAUUAUUGUCAAGGUUAAAGGUUAACAGUUGUGCUGCUUAAUGUUUUUGUGGAAACUGUAAUAUAUUUUGAUGAAUAGAAAUAUAUUUUUUUAACAUUUUAAAUGUCUUUACUGUCACUUUUGAUUCAUUUAAAGGGGACCUAUAAGGCCCCUUUUCAGCUCAAAAUACCCCACAUAUCAUUUAUUAUAGCUUGUCAAAUUUUCCCCUAUUUGGGUGUGAGCAAAAACAUGCUGUUUUUGUGUGUGUCCCUUUAAAUGCAAAUGAGCUGCUGCUCCUGGCCCCCUUUCCAAAACAGCUCACGCUUCGGUUGCUCAACAACAAUAAAGCUGGAGAAUCUCACGCAGCCAAAAUGAUGAUUGUCAGUAAUGGUGUUCAGUCUUACAUUGUUCAAACCGGAGUCAAACACUGAUGGAGAGACUCAGGAAGAAGUCACAACUUUUAGAAUGCAACUGGAUGUUUCUGAAUGAGGAUGCCUAUAAAACGCAGAUCCGCAUUGAUGAUGAGCCAGCAAACCUGGACAUCUUGGACACAGCAGGACAGGCGGAGUUCACAGCAAUGCGUGAUCAGUACAUGCGAGCAGGAGAAGGUUUCAUCAUCUCGUACUCCAUCACGGAUCGCCGCAGUUUCCAGGAGGCACGGCACUUUAAGCAGCUGAUCUACCGUGUGCGACGCACCGUGGACACCCCCGUUGUACUGGUGGGAAACAAGUCUGACCUGGUCCAUCUCAGACAGGUGUCUGUCGAGGAGGGCAAACAGUUGGCGAGAGAGUUCCAGUGCCCAUUUUUUGAGACCUCCGCAGCGUUCCGUUAUUACAUCGACGAGGUGUUUGCCGCACUGGUGCGUCAGAUCCGCCAGCGUGAGGCCGAGAUGGUGCGGGGAAGCGAGAGGAAAACCCGACGCAGCCAUUCUUUCUGGAGUCGCCUUAAAGCCCCCUUCCAUAAGAAACAGCAGUCCGAGCACUGAGAGAGAAGGGCAUGCUGGGAUACCCUGGCCUUCCAUAUGAUGGUUCUCUCACCUACAGCUGUAUUAGUCCCAGCUCUCUCAGAUGGUUUGAGAACUGUAUUUAUAGUUCCUAUUUGAUUGUUUGCAAUGAUGCACUCCUAAUCAUUUCAGUUAGACCACAACCCUCACUGUGCAGGACACACGCACUCGUCAUAUGGGACGUGGGCUGAUUUACUGAUAUUAGAGAUUAAGAAAGAAAUAUUAAACUUGACAGUAGUUAUUAUUUUUUCUUUUUUGGACAGCAUUAUACUUUGUGAAAGUGAAUGUCAGGGGGAAUGUUGUACCUCAUUUUAACUGAUGGGAAUGUAGGAAACAGGGCAUGGAAGGAUUUGCUACAUGUGUUUUGAAAAGAAUGAAGUGAAGAGAGGUAAGGUCAUGUCAGGCACUUGUCAGAGAUUUGCUUGCGGGAAAAUAUGAAGGUCAAUUGAGUUUAAGAGAGCAUGUUGUGCAGAGUAGAAAGAAAGAGCGAAGUGUGUGCAGAGGUGGGUAAAUAAGCAAGGGUUUAUGGUAGAAAUAUUAAUCUACCAGUAUAAUGAGUACUGCAAAUCAUUCCUUUAACAUGGCUGUAGUUUUGUUAGAUGCAUUUAAAAACCAUGCUGUAGUUUUAAAAUGAAAAUGAGCAUUUGAUUUGCAACUCUUCUUUAUAGCUUCUUUUAAUAAACUACAUCUCACAAUAACAUGUCCGGGUCAUGAAAAUAAUGUCACAAUGCAAAAAUGCUAAUAAAAAAAGCCAUAAUCUUCUUGAAUCAAAAUAUAAUUUAUUAUAUUUUGAUCUGAAAUAUGACUUGGACAUGUUCUUGAAGGUUUCGUGAGAUUCAGUCAAUUGGGGUGCGCUUGAUGUAAACAGCUGUAUGAAGUAGCUGCAAAAUACACUGUAUGAAUGACUAUGUGAAAUCUUGCUGAGCAAUAUUCAGGUCCACCUUUAAGCACAUUAACACACUUACCAACUUGAUUACGAUGCAAAGCAAAAUUGUUUCCUUUUUACACAAGGUCAUUUUUAUUCCAAUGGUUUCUGUAGUCAGUGUCGGAAAUGAAACGCCUUAAUGUGGCUUAGGAAGGCGAGUCCUUAUGUGGAUUUCCUCGUACACAUGCUGUGCAUUUACUACGCAUCAAAUUUGAAUGGUAUGUCUGUUCAUUUUGGCAUUUCAUGCAAAUUCAUGUCAUUAUUUUUCUUGUGAUUAUUAGAUUUUAUUUUUUAUUUUUAACCAGAAUGGUUUUACUAUAUUUCCUUUAUUUAUUGUCAUCUGAGAUUGUCAAAUAAAAUUCACUUUACCAAUCUA